AGAUUACUAUUGAUGAAAAGAUAUUUGGAAAUGAAACAAAUUGAAGAUUUAUCAGUAAUGUUACCUAAAGAUGCAAAAGAAUACACAUAUAAAAUGUUACAGGAAAAUUUUAUUACUGUUCAAGAAAUACCACGUACUCCUGAUCAUGCACCUUCACGAACAUUUUAUUUGUUUCAUGUUGAUUUGGUUCAGCUAUGUCGAUCAUUAUUAGAUAGAUGCUACAAAGUCAUGUUUAAUUCGAUAUGUCAUAGAGAAUUUAUAAAUAGGGAACACAAAAGACUUUUAGAGAAAAAGCAGAGGGUGGAAGCAAUAACUGCAACCCUUCAACAGAGUGGUGCUGAUAGUACACAGAUUCAAGAAAUUCAACAGACAAAAGCCAUUAAGCAGACUCAGCAAUUGCUCAAUGACAAAGACUUACAUUUGGAACUUUUUGCAGCAUAUGACUACAAGUAUAUGCUUGAUUGAUUCAGAGUUUGGAAGAAGGUAUGUAGGAGGAGGAACACUGGAAGAAGGUAUGUAGGAGGAGGAACACUGGAAGAAGUUGAUGGCUGUGAGAGGACAACCUUGACAGAUUUGCCAAAGCCAAAUUUGAAUUAAAUUUGAGGAACAAUUUGUAUGUGGAAACCUUUGCAACUUCGACUGAACUUCAUUUCUGAGUGGUUACAAAAUAUGUUUCAUUGGUUUCAGUUGAUGUUGAGCAGAGUUUCUCCACAUACAAGAUCUGAGCUCAAAGCACCAGCAACUUACUUUUGAAACAUAGAAAUGUUGUGCAUAAACCAGUAUAACAAGUUUGUUAAAACCCAAUAAAUGUCAUUUCUAUCUCCUGAAUAUGUUUUGUUUAUGAUAUUUGCUAUAGUGUUAGAUAAAGAAUGUUUAUGUAACUGGUUUAGAUUUGAACAAAUGCAUUUUAUUGACACCUUUUUUUUUA